CACAUUGGAUCCUCCCCAGUUGGUAACGCCGACUCCCAAACGCUCCGCCGCGAGCAAAACCCUUGCCCAGACCAUACCCCCAUUUCUCUCUCCCUCUACCCCCGCUGUCUUCGAGGACGCCAUGCCCGCCGGAGCGCUCUAAGGCCGAUGGCCUCCGGCGCCGCGUCGAUUCGCUACGGCGGCGCGGCCUCCGUGGGGGGCACAGCCGACGCCCUCAACCGCAUCCUGGCCGACCUCUGCACGAGGGGCACCCCAAAGGAUGGCGCUGCAGUUUCCCUGAAGAAACAUGUUGAGGAAGCAGCUCGUGAUCUUGGUGGAGAAGCUUUUUCUCGUUGCAUGGAUCAGUUUUAUGAUAAGAUUGCUAAUCUUUUAGAGAGCAAUGAAGUUGCUGACAAUUUAGGGGCUCUGCGGGCCAUAAAUGAGUUGAUUGACGUGGCGUUGGGAGAAAGCGCGUCCAAGGUUUCAAAGCUCUCUGGUUAUAUGCGGACUUUAUUUGAAGUUAAGCGUGAUCCAGAAGUCCUGGUACUCGCCAGUGAGGUACUAGGCCACCUAGUGAGGGCCGGAGGGGCAAUGACGGCAGAUGAAGUAGAGCGACAGAUAAAAAAUGCUUUGGACUGGCUUCAUGGAGAAAGGAUAGAAUAUCGUCGUUUUGCUGCUGUUCUGAUUCUUAAAGAAAUGGCUGAAAAUGCAUCCACUGUUUUUAAUGUUCAUGUGCCGGAAUUUGUGGAUGCUAUAUGGGUAGCAUUAAGGGACCCCACUUUGGCUGUUCGGGAACGAGCUGUAGAAGCUUUGCGGGCAUGCCUUCGUGUUAUUGAGAAGCGUGAGACACGCUGGCGAGUGCAAUGGUACUACCGAAUGUGUGAAGCUGCACAAGUUGGACUUGGUAAAAAUGCUUCUGUUCACAGUAUACAUGGCUCGUUACUUGCAGUAGGUGAACUUUUAAGGAACACGGGUGAGUUCAUGAUGUCCAGAUACCGAGAGGUAGCAGAUAUCGUUCUCAAAUACCUAGAGCACCGAGAUAGGCUUGUUCGUCUCAGCAUAACAUCAUUGCUUCCUCGUAUUGCACACUUUUUGCGUGACCGAUUUGUGACAAACUAUUUAAAGAUAUGCAUGGAUCAUAUCCUAGCUGUUUUGCGCAUACCAGCUGAACGUGCUAGUGGGUUUAUUGCUCUGGGAGAAAUGGCUGGUGCUUUGGAUGGUGAACUCAUUCCCUACUUGCCAACAAUUACCUUGCACUUGCGUGAUGCUAUUGCACCUCGGAGGGGAAGACCAUCAUUGGAGGCUUUGGCUUGUGUGGGAAGCUUUGCUAAAGCAAUGGGUCCUGCUAUGGAACCUCAUGUUCGAGGUCUGUUGGAUUCAAUGUUUUCUGCUGGUCUGUCUACUAGCCUUGUAGUAGCUCUUGAGCAAAUCACUGUCAGUAUUCCCUCUUUACUACCUACCAUCCAAGAACUCUUGCUGGAUUGCAUCUCAGUUGCACUAUCAAAAACCUCAUAUGCAUCGGCAAAGCCAGGUGUUGCUGGCAUUCGUACUAACACGAUAAACAAUACUCAGCAACUUUCUGAUGCUAGUGGUUCAGUUGUGCAGCUUGCUUUGCGAACUUUAGCUCAUUUCGAUUUUAAGGGUCAUGAGCUUCUUGAGUUUGCUAGAGAAUCUGUCAUUGUUUAUUUGGAGGAUGAUGAUGGCAAUACGCGAAAAGAUGCUGCAAUAUGCUGUUGCAGAUUAGUUGCCAAUUCUUUAUCUGCAAAAUCUGCUGCACAUUUUAGUUCUAGUAGGUUCAGCCGAAUUGGUGGAGCCAAGAGGCGUCGCCUUGUGGAGGAGAUAAUGGAAGAACUUCUUACUGCAGCAGUCUCUGAUGCUGAUGUCAGUGUGCGGAAGUCAGUCUUUUUGUCACUUCACGAGGAUGGUUCUUUUGAUGUAUUCUUGGCCCAGGCAGAUAGCUUGAGUUCAAUUUUUAUUGCUCUGAAUGAUGAGGACUUUGAUGUCCGUGAGUUGGCAAUUUCAUUGGCUGGUAGAUUAUCUGAAAAGAAUCCUGCCUAUGUUCUACCAGCACUUCGCCGCCGUCUCAUACAAUUAUUGACAUAUCUUGAUCAAAGCAUGGAUAGCAAGAACAAAGAAGAUAGUGCCAGACUAUUGGGUUGUUUGAUUCGAAGCUGUGAACGGUUGAUACUUCCAUAUAUUGCUCCAAUUCAUAAGACACUGGUAGCAAGGCUUAGUGAAGGCACAGGAAGUAAUGCUAGUAGUGGUGUUGUUAUUGGUGUGCUUGCAACUGUUGGAGAGCUUGCCAAAGUGGGCGGCUUCACAAUGAGGCAAUAUCUUCCUGAGUUAAUGCCUCUUAUUGUUGAAGCCCUCUUGGAUGGAGCUUCUGCCAAUAAACGGGAAGUAGCUGUUGCAACUCUGGGUCAAGUUGUACAAAGCACAGGAUAUGUUAUUUCUCCAUACAACGAGUAUCCCCAGUUGCUUGGUUUACUCUUGAAAUUAUUAAAUGGCGAAUUGGCAUGGUCAACUAGACGAGAAGUACUGAAGGUUUUAGGAAUUAUGGGUGCUUUAGAUCCUCAUAUACAUAAGUGUAAUCAGCACCGUUUACCUGGAUCCCAUGGUGAAGUUAAUCGUGCAGCAAGCGAGGCUGGUCAACAUAUCGUCUCUAUGGAAGAGUUACCUACAGAAAUUUGGCCAACUUUUGUCACUCCAGAGGAUUAUUAUUCGCAGAUUGCUAUUAGCUCUCUUAUGAGAAUCCUUCGAGAUCCCUCUCUCUCAAGUUAUCACCAAAAGGUGGUGGGUUCUAUUCUGUUCAUUUUCAAGUCGAUGGGCCUUGGCUGUGUUCCGUACUUACCAAAGGUUCUUCCUGAUCUUUUCCAUGCCAUUCGCACAUGUGAAGAUUGUGGAUUGAAAGAAUUUAUUACUUGGAAGCUUGGAACAUUGGUAUCUAUUGUACGCCAGCACAUACGCAAGUACUUACCAGAGUUGUUCUCCCUCAUUUCCGAACUAUGGGCUUCUUCCUUUGCUUUACCUGGAUCCAACCGACCUGUGCAAGGUUCACCAGUUUUACAUCUUGUGGAGCAGCUUUGCUUGGCAUUAAAUGAUGAAUUCAGAACAUAUCUGUCGAUAAUUCUUCCAUGUUGUAUACAAGUCCUGAACGAUGCUGAACGCUGCAAUGACUUCAGCUAUGUCACUGAUAUUUUGCAUACUGUUGAAGUAUUUGGUGGAACUUUGGAUGAACGUAUGCACUUACUUCUUCCUUCCCUUAUUCGCUUGUUUAAAGUGGAGGCUUCUGUUGAUGUAAGACGUCGUGCCAUAAACACUGUGACCAAGCUCAUUCCUCGGGUGCAGGUCAGCGGUCAUGUUUCAUCUCUGGUGCAUCACUUGAUUUUAGUUCUGGAUGGGAACAAUGAUGAGUUACGAAGGGAUGCUGCCGAUGCUCUCUGUUGCCUUGCAUAUGCUCUUGGAGAGGACUUCACUAAAUAUAUUCGAAUGAUAGACAAACUGCUUUCAAAGCAUCAUUUGAGGCAUAGGGACUUCGAUGAGAUCAAAAGGCGUUUAAAGAGACGUGAGCCUCCUAUUUUAGAUAGUUUAUCUGUACAAAAAUUGACUCAAAAUGUGCCAGCUGAGGUCAUCAGUGAUCCCCUCAACGAUAUUGAGAGUGAUCCUUAUGAAGAAGGGAAUGAACUGCAUAGGCAACCAAGAAACCAUCAAGUUAAUGAUCUUCGAUUAAGAACUGCUGGAGAGGCUUCGCAGAGGAGCACUACAGAAGAUUGGGCUGAGUGGAUGAGGCAUUUUAGCAUUGAACUUCUAAGAGAAUCUCCAAUGCCAGCAUUGCGCACUUGUGCAAGACUAGCACAAUUGCAGCCUUCUGUUGGACGGGAACUCUUCGCUGCUGGUUUUGCAAGUUGUUGGGCUCAAAUGAAUGAAUCUUCUCAGGAACAAUUAGUCAGGAAUCUCAAGACAGCCUUCUCAUCUCAAAAUAUUCCUCCUGAAAUUCUGGCUACCCUACUAAACUUGGCAGAGUUCAUGGAGCAUGAUGAGAAACCUCUUCCAAUUGAUACCAGGCUGCUUGGUGCCCUUGCUGAAAAGUGUCGAGCAUUUGCAAAGGCCCUUCAUUAUAAAGAAAUGGAGUUUGAAGCUGCAUGUUCGAAAAAAAUGGGUGCAAAUCCUGUAACAGUCGUGGAAUCUCUUAUUCACAUCAAUAAUCAGUUACACCAGCAUGAGGCUGCAGUUGGUAUAUUGACUUACUCACAGCAAUAUCUGGAUGUACAACUCAAGGAAUCCUGGUAUGAGAAGUUACAGCGGUGGGAUGACGCUCUCAAAGCAUACACUUUAAAAUCAUCUCAGGCGUCUAGUCCAAUUCAGAACUUAGAUGCUACCUUAGGACGAAUGCGGUGUCUUGCAGCAUUAGCUCGUUGGGAAGAGCUCAGUGCCCUAUGCCGAGAGCAAUGGACAGCUGCUGAACCAGCAGCAAGGCUAGAAAUGGCUCCAAUGGCUGCUAGUGCCGCCUGGAAUAUGGGAGAAUGGGAUCACAUGUCUGAAUAUGUGUCAAAGUUGGAUGAUGGGGAUGAAAGCAGACUUCGAAUGUUAGGUAAUACCACUGCCAGUGGUGAUGCAAGCAGCAAUGGUGCUUUCUUUAAAGCAGUUCUUUUGGUUCGUCGUGAAAAGUAUGAUGAAGCUCGCAUGUUUGUUGAGAAAGCAAGGAAGUGUUUAGCAACAGAGCUGGCAGCACUGGUUCUUGAGAGUUACGAACGUGCUUAUAGCAACAUGGUCCGUGUCCAACAGCUGUCAGAACUGGAAGAGGUUAUUGACUACUGUACCCUUCCAGUUGGGAAUGCUGUUGCUGAUGGUAGAAGGGAACUGAUUCGUAAUAUGUGGAAUGAACGCAUCCAAGGAACAAAGCGGAAUGUUGAGGUCUGGCAAGCACUUUUAGCAGUAAGGGAACUCGUCCUUCCCCCUAGUGAAGAUAUAGAAACUUGGCUUAAAUUUGCCUCGCUUUGCCGGAAAAGUGGCCGCAUUAGUCAGGCCAGAUCUACUUUAAUCAAACUCUUACAGUAUGAUCCUGAGUCAUCUCCUGAAAAUUGGUUAUACCAUGGGCAUCCCCAAGUUAUAUUAGCGUACCUAAAAUAUCAGUGGUCUCUUGGUGAUGAUUUUAAACGGAAGGAAGCAUUUUCCCAUUUACAGGAAUUAACUGGACAGCUUGCUCUCGCUACAAAUGGUCACUCAGGGGCACCAGUUAGUUCAGGGAACAUGCCAAAUUCUGGUGUACCCCUUCUUGCUCGUGCAUAUCUGAGACUUGGGACAUGGAAGAGGGCACUUUCACCUGGAUUAGAUGAUGACUCAAUACAAGAAAUCCUUGUAUCAUUGAAAAAUGCCACUCAUUGUGCAAAUGAUUCGGCAAAAGCAUGGCACACAUGGGCUUUAUUCAAUACUGCUGUGAUGUCUCAUUAUACAUUAAGAGGUCGCCCUGAUGUUGCUGCAAAGUAUGUUGUUGCUGCAGUCACUGGAUAUUUUUACUCUAUAGCUUGUGCAUCAACUGCUAAGGGAGUUGAUGACAGUUUACAGGAUAUCCUCCGCCUUCUCACAUUGUGGUUCAACCAUGGAGCUACUUCUGAGGUUCAAAUGGCGCUCCAGAAAGGGUUUUUACAUGUUAAGAUUGAAAUGUGGUUGGCAGUACUACCACAAAUAAUCGCCAGAAUACAUUCAAAUAAUAGAAUUGUGAGGGAACUGAUACAAUCAUUAUUGGUGCGAAUUGGGAAAGGGCAUCCACAGGCUCUUAUGUACCCUCUUCUAGUAGCAUGCAAGUCCAUCAGCACUUUGCGCAGACGGGCAGCUCUGGAUGUUGUUGAUAAAAUUCGCCAGCAUAAUGGUGUGCUUGUCGAUCAGGCAAAUCUUGUCUCAAAGGAGUUGAUUAGGGUUGCUAUAUUGUGGCAUGAGAUGUGGCAUGAGGCCUUGGAAGAAGCUAGUCGUUUGUACUUUGGUGAGCACAAUAUUGAGGGGAUGCUUGCUGUGUUAGAACCACUUCAUGCAAAGCUUGAAGAAGGGGCAGAGACCAUAAUAGAAACUGCUUUCAUUCAGGCAUAUGGUCGUGAAUUACAAGAAGCUCGUGAUUGUUGCCUAAAAUAUAAAAAUACUGGAAAGGACGCUGAGCUUACUCAGGCAUGGGAUUUGUAUUAUCAUGUUUUUAGAAGAAUUGAUAAACAGCUUCCUAGUCUCACUACUCUAGAUUUACAGUCUGUUUCACCUGAAUUACUAAAGUGUCAUGAUUUGGAGCUUGCAGUGCCUGGUACUUAUCGUGCAGAUGCACCACUGGUGACAAUUGCAACUUUUGCACCACAACUUAUUGUUAUUACAUCAAAACAAAGACCAAGAAAGUUGACCAUUCAUGGUAGUGACGGCGAGGACUAUGCCUUUCUGCUGAAAGGACAUGAGGACUUGCGGCAGGAUGAACGGGUGAUGCAGCUUUUUGGUUUGGUGAAUACUCUUCUAGAGAACUCAAGAAAAACUGCAGAAAAAGAUCUUUCCAUUCAACGAUAUGCAGUUAUACCGUUGUCUCCCAACAGUGGCUUAAUAGGAUGGGUUCCAAAUUGUGAUACCCUUCAUCAUCUGAUUAGGGAAUACCGAGAUGCAAGAAAGAUACCUUUAAAUCAAGAGCAUAGACUUAUGCUGGCUUUUGCACCAGACUAUGACCACUUGCCUCUUAUUGCUAAGGUGGAAGUAUUUGAGCAUGCUUUGCAGAACACGGAGGGAAAUGACUUGGCAAAGGUUUUGUGGCUGAAGAGCCGAACGUCUGAAGUUUGGUUAGAUCGCAGAACAAACUAUACAAGAAGUUUGGCUGUGAUGAGUAUGGUUGGCUACCUUCUUGGGUUAGGGGAUCGCCAUCCGAGUAAUCUUAUGCUUCAUCGUUACAGUGGAAAAAUAUUACAUAUUGAUUUUGGCGACUGCUUUGAGGCUUCAAUGAAUCGUGAGAAGUUUCCCGAGAAAGUUCCAUUUCGCUUGACUCGGAUGCUCGUGAAGGCUAUGGGAGUUAGUGGGAUCGAAGGCAACUUCAGAUCGACUUGUGAAAAUGUGAUGCAAGUUCUUCGAACAAAUAAAGAUAGUGUCAUGGCCAUGAUGGAGGCUUUUGUCCAUGACCCUCUAAUAAACUGGAGGCUGUUCAACUUUAAUGAAGUUCCUCAAAUGUCAAAUUAUGCGACAACCUACGUCCAUCCAGUUGUGAAUAGUGAAGAAUCUGCACCUAACAAAGAGCUUCCUCAACCUCGCGGUGCUCGUGAGAGGGAACUGCUGCAGGCUGUCAAUCAACUUGGUGAUGCUAAUGAGGUCCUAAACGAGCGUGCGGUGGUUGUAAUGGCUCGAAUGAGCAAUAAGCUCACCGGUCGGGACUUCUCUUCUGGGUCAUCAGUUUCUGGGGCUGGCAGCUCCAUUCAACAUGCACCAGAAACUAGUAACUUGAUCUCUGGAGAUGCCCGUGAAGUCGACCACGGGCUGUCUGUGAAGUAUCAGGUCGACAAGCUUAUUAAACAAGCAACAUCGCAUGAGAAUCUGUGUCAGAACUAUGUGGGGUGGUGUCCAUUUUGGUGAAGCUGUUUCCCGAGAUAUGUAGAUAUUGCACAUAGCUUGUACAUAUCUGGCUCCUUUGUUUGCCCUUCUGGGGUAUUAUUGUCUUAUCCUUUGAUAUUUGUGCAUAAAGGAGAAUAAUAACAUAGUUCCAGUAUUUUUAUUUAUUAUCAAUGAAGAAUAGGGUUAUCAGCA